CAAGCACAUGAGAGUCGGUUAGUGUUUUGGAUUUCACGCACCUUUUUCGUCUCCUGUUGCCCACAGCAAACGGAACCGGAUUGUGUGAACCAGGUGCUUAGCAGACUGCGGUGUUAGGAAGAAGGGAAAACUGGAGUUUAUCUAAAGUGUGAGUUCGGACAUCAUCGAAUUGUUAUCGAGUAAAAAUGGCCCUUCAACCGUACGCUAGAAAUGUUGCAUUACAGUCAAAACAACACGUAAGAUAUUUAGCUAGUGCGGCCGCAGCCAUUAAACGAAGCAAUGAACCCCCAGCACCAUUCGUGGCUCGGGAAACGUUGAAAACUAGCAAAGUUGGAAAUACGACGGUCGCUUCGAUUGAAACUAAUCAGGCCAUUUCUCGACUUGCUAUCUACUUCCGGGCUGGAUCUCGGUUUGAAACUGAUCAAACACAAGGUGUGGUGCAUAUGCUGAGAAUUUGUGCUGGCCUCGGCACGGGAGGAGCUUCUCAUUUCGGAUUGACAAGAAAUGUUGAAUUGGCUGGUGCAAAUUUGAGCUGUACGGCUGGUCGUGAAUUUAUCGGAUACACGAUUGACGCAGCGAGAGAUAAAAUUUCGUCAGUUGACAAGUUUCUCCAAGACGUCGCAAUGAACCAAGUCUUCAAACCAUGGGAAGUGAGUGAUAAUGUUCCUCGGGCAAGGUUAGAAAGAUCAAUUAGGCCCCCGGAGGCCAGAUUGAUGGAACAAAUUCAUAAAGCGGCGUUUCGAAAGGGGCUUGGCUACUCGCUCUACAGUCCAAAAUGGAUGUUGGGAAAUCAUAAGAGUGAAAUGUUAUCCAAAUUUGUCAAGGAAAACUUUCUCGAAGCAGCCGUUGUCGGAGUAGGUAUGCCACAUGAACAGGCAGUCGAUUUUGCUUCAAGACUCAACCUCUCGGGUGGACAGAAGGCCAGUACCCUGGCAAAAUACAAUCCUGGGGCUGAUUUGAGGAAGGAGACAAAUGAUAGACUAGCCUAUGUCGCGUUGGCAGUGCAGGGUCCAUCAUUGUCUGACCCCAAAAAAGCUACAGCAGCGGCUCUUGUUCAUCGCGCAUUAGGAACACCAUCCCGUGUUUGCCACGGGCUUGCUCCAAACUCCAAGUUGACCACAGCACUGGGUGACAACGACGUAAAAGCAGCAGCCGUAGGAUUUAGUGCAUCAUAUUCGGAUUCCGGUCUCGUCGGGGUAUACAUUGCUGCUCCAGCGAAACGAGUUGACGCUAUUACCCGAAAAUCCGCAGACAUCUUGCGCAGUGCCAAGUUCUCUGCUCAAGAUGCAACCAGAGCGAAAGGGAUAUUGAAGGGGGAUUUGGCCCUGGAGGACGAAACUGGUCAAGGUCUCGUCGAAUACUUAGCCGUUCAAAGCCUUCUUGGAAAACCUUUACCUCUUUCGGAACAAUUGGCCCUUGUAGACUCAGUAACUGCUGAAGAUAUGAAUGCCGUUUUGAGCGGAGGUAAAUUGUCCAUGGCAGUUUUUGGAAACGUAAGCAAUGUGCCGUAUUUGGAUGAGUUGAAGUAAAUUAUGGAUCAAACUGUUAAUUAUUAAUUACUUUAACUUAAUUAGUAUGAAACAUCUGUACGUAAAUUGUUAUGAUGAUGUAAAUCUGUGUAAAUUCUGGUCAGAUCUUAGAGUCGUAGUAGACUAAAGAAAAAAUCAGUAUGGAUACUCCCAAAAAAUACUGAAUAAAAAGCUGCCAUGAUAUGAUCCUGUUAAUAUA